AAGUACUCGCCCACCAGGCCAAGCCUAUUGCCAAACUGUUUCAUAAAACUUUAUAACAACAACGGCCAUGGUGCAUCUCCUCUCUGACACUUUUCCACUCCGCAGAGCAUCAGAUCAAACGCACAUUGACUGAACAAACUGACACUCCUCCACUCCCCGCGCUGCCGGAAACACGAUGAGCUCUUGAGCCUUACUCUCCUGAGUCCUGUCCCGACCCCCAUGCUAACCUCCAACCUACCUACCUACGCGUAUGCGUAUGCAUCUAUCACACCGCACAGUCUCAUCAAAGACACACACGUGCACACACGCAUCCACCAAAUGCAGAGUAGAUCAGAUCUGAUCUGUAAGACAACACAAAACACCGUAAGAGAUAUUGCCAACCCAUACUAUUGCUACACCAUCAUUGUCCGAUGCCGCCGUCGCCGCCGUCGCCGCCGCCCGCCGCCCAUCCGCGCACGAUGAGAGUCAUUCUGCAAGAUCGACGACGAUAAAACCCCAUUCAUCAUUAUUAGGGAAUGAGGCAGACACAGGAGACAACGGACGGAUUACAACAACAUCGAGACCUAG